AUGGCCCCGCACAACUACUAUCCCGUGACGGCGCCGUCGUCGUCGAGCCCGACGCCAGCCGGUGUCUCGCCCUCGCAGUCUCCGAGCAUCAAUCACUGGACGACUCCCGGUCCCGCUUCUUCCGACUUCCGCUCCGACACCAUCACCACGCCCACCGCCAGCAUGCUCGCCGCCAUCGCCUCCACCACCCUCGGCGACGACGUCUUCCACGAAGACGCCACCACCAACGCGCUGCAAUCCUACAUCGCCGCGCUCUGCGGCAAGCCCGCCGCGCUGCUCGUCAUGUCGGGCACGAUGGGCAACCAAGUGGCGAUCCGGACGCACCUGGGGGGGCCGCCGCACGCGGUGCUGUGCGACCACCGCGCGCACAUCCUGCGCGCCGAGGCGGGCGGCGUCGCCGCGCUGUGCGGCGCGCAGAUCGAGGGCGUGGUCCCCGCGAACGGCGCGUACCUGACGCUGGAGGAUGUGAAGGGGAAUGCGGUGUUGGGGGAGGAUGUGCACGGCUGUCCGACGCGGUUGGUGGAGGUGGAGAAUACGUUGGGGGGCGCGGUGAUGCCGUUGGCGGAGGUGAGGCGGAUCGGGGAGUGGGCGCGGGCGGAGGGGAUCAAGACGCAUUUGGAUGGGGCGAGGCUGUGGGAGGCGGUGGCGGCGGGGCACGGGUCGUUGGCCGAGUAUGCGGCGUGUGUGGAUAGCGUGCAGUUGUGUUUUUCGAAGGGGCUGGGCGCGCCGAUGGGGAGCAUCAUUGUGGGGGAUGAGGCGUUUGUGAAGAGGGCGAGGUGGAUACGGAAGAGCUUGGGGGGUGGGAUCCGGAUGGCGGGGGUGGUGAGCAGCGCGGCGCGGACGGCGGUGGAGGAGCAGUUCUUGGGCGGGAAGCUGCUGAGGACGCAUGAGCAGGCGAGGCGGUUGGCGGACAGGUGGGAGGGGUUGGGCGGCGUUUUGAGCGUGCCGACCGAGACGAAUAUGGUGUGGUUGGAUGUGAAGAAGAGCGGGGUCGAGGCUGAGGACAUCGUGCGCUUGGCCGCCGAGAAGGGCAUCAAGACUUUUGGUACGAGGAUCGUGGUGCAUUACCAGAUUUCGGAGCUGGCUAUGCGCGGCAUGGAGGAGGUCAUGGAGACGGUCAUGGGGAACAAGAAGGCUGCUGCUGGCACCGAGGGCGCUUAG